AUGGCGACGAGACCUCUUCAUCCCAAUGCCUUUGGCAAACUCAACAAGGACGCAAUGAAGGCUGAACUUUCUUCGCACAAACUCAAGGUCGGAGGUAAUAAGCCGGAUCUACUGGCGAGAUAUCGCGCAUGGUACGACGCCCAAGCUGGUCCGACGGCUUCAGCAUCUUCGGCAGGUCCCUCCACAGGCGCGGGUCCAUCUACGGCCAGCGCAGAAGCUCCAGAAGAUGAGGAGGCCAUGGAAGUACUUUCUACAGCAGACGAAACACAUGCGGCAGUGAUCGAGACGCUCCUGGAUCCCUCCAACAAGGUCGCAACCGUCCCCAUGCUGUCGCGCCUUAUCGCCCCAACCAAGUUGCAUGUCUCUGCCGUCACCCUCGCAUGCGUUGAGAAGUUGCGCUACACACCAGGUGAGAAUUUUCGGACCAAACCACGCGGAAAGGACUUGUCGGACACUCUGCUGCCUAUCCAACGUUUCGUCGACGUCCUCUUGAGGGAGAUGAAGCACGUACGCUUGACGAGCGAGGCAGGCGAGAAUGAGUCUGCACUGAGGAGUUACGUCAAGCAGACUCUUCCCCGCAUUGAGGCACCAGUCGAGCUUGCCCAGUUCUUCGCCGCUUGGGACAUCAGCAUCAAGACCAACAACAGUCCUUCUCCUCCAGCCUACGAUACCGAGUACGAUGCUCAGAUGGAGAUGGCGCUCCAUGCGUCUCGAGCCACUGCACUGGCUGAGUCUCAGCAGCGAGACAUGGACGACAAUGAGCGUGAGGAGCAGUUGCAUGAAGCCGAAGAACACAGGAAAGCGCUUUUGCAAGAGUUGGAUGUCGUCAACAAUGCGAUCCAGCACCGCUUGGUUCGUUGGUCUACAACUCUCCCUCAUCGCGCCCUAGCCGACCAACUUUGGCCUUCUACAUACUCUACGGUGGAGAAGAAAGCGAUUCGCAACUACGUCACUGAAUACUUGACAGAGCAUGACCUAUUGGAGGGUGAGGUCGAUGAGCAAGACAAGCUCAAUGCCAUCAAGGAAAUGCAGAAUGACGACGCUUUCCCGGUUGAACUUGCCCGAUCCGCAGCCAUCAUCCAGGCAGUCUUCCUGGAAAGUCGUUUCGGGGAGGCAAGGCGCAGUCGCAGCCAGUCGGAGGUUACGGCAACCCCCAGUGUCGCCACCAGCAGGAGCAUGUCGCCAGUCAAGCGUGGGCGCAGAGGCUCGUCUGCUACAAGGGGUAGGGGUGGGCGCAAGGCUGUGUCUGCUGUGAGCGGCAGAAGCGGGCGCAAAUCAGGCCGUGCGGCGGGAGCGGGAGCAGACCUGCUUGAGGACGACGACAUGGAGGCCGAGGACACAGAUGAAGAUGCUCGCGAGGAAGAGGAGCAAGAGGUGGUCAUAUCUCGUGGCACAAAGCGGCCCCGCAGGGCGAGUACCAGGGCCAACUACAUUGUAGAUGAUGGUGUUGAUGUCGAUGGUCCCGCCCCAACCACCGCUGAGGAUGAUGAAGAGGAGGACAGUGAUACUUACAGGGACUAUCAGAAGCAGGACAGGAAGCGCGCCCGCAAACGUACUUCAAAGGUCAAGCAACUUGCGCUUCAGAUGGACGACGAGGACCAAGACGAGGACGCCGACAUGCGACUGUAG